AUGGCUGCUCAUCCAAUCAGCUUCAAAUUUGGUGGGUAUAUUGCUAAGAACAGGACUCCUCAAAAGCUGUCUAUCGUGGCGGUCAACAGGACGAAGACACUGCUGGUAUCGGCUUAUCAGGAGCACCGCACAGGAAAUAGGAAGGUUCGUGUCAUUGCAGUGGUGCUGAGGAAGGAGACUGUAGCCUACCAUUGCCUCCUCUGUUGCCAGGAUCAACUGCACAUCUCUGACGGUGUCAGCAGUGUCUAUGCUCAUCACUUUGACUUUCCAUAUGGGACAGCAGACAUCAUGUGUCCUAUCCCUUCAGGCUGUGAGACUGUGUCUCAUAUCGCUGUGACCUCUGCUGCAAACAAAUCUGGAGAGUUUGUGGAGGUGAAGAACCAGAAGGUGAAAAGUGACUCCUUUCCAUACAACUUCACUGUCUGCCUCUCCACCAUGUUCGAUUUCACCAACGUGUUACAGCUGGUCCAGAGUUUGGAAAUGCUGCAGUUACUGGGGGUGAACAGGGUUGUCGUCUAUAAGACCAGCUGCAGCCCUGAAACACAGCGCAUACUGGACUACUACACUCACAAAGGUUUAGUGGAGGUGAUUCCUUGGUCUCUGUCCAAAUUUAUUAAUGUAUCUCGGGGCUGGCUGCCUUCACACGGUCCAGGUGACAUCCACUACCUCGGCCAGAUUCCUGCUCUCAAUGAUUGUCUCUACAGAUACAUGUACCAGUCUAAAUAUGUGGCCCUGCAUGACAUUGACGAGCUCAUACUGCCUCAGUCAGUCAACAGCUGGUUGGAAUUGUUGCCACAGUUGGAGAAGAAGUAUGGCGCUGACCAGUGUUACAUGUUUGAAAAUAACGUGUUCCCCAUCACCGUCACGCUGCCUCCUCCCACCUCCCAGACUCUGCCCCUGCAGAACCACCACUGGCAGAAUGUGUCUGGAGUUAACAUCCUGGCUCACCUGUACCAUGAACCCAUCAUUCCAGAAACUCAUUACAGCAACUUCAAGAUCAUUGUCAACCCUCGAGCUGUGUUCAGAGCAACCGUCCACGGACUGCUGAAGUCAGUCAAAGGCUGCGCCUGGGUUGACAGGAAUAUAGCACGAAUGUACCACACAAGAGAUCCGAGGCAACCCAAGCUGACACCAAACCAGCUGAUUUAUGACGGCAGACUGCUGAGCUACAGCACCCACCUCAUACCAGCUGUCAAUACUGUACUCAGAGAGAAUGGACUUCUACCAGAGGACAGCAUACAGUAGCCUCCGUUGGUGUGUGCGUGUCUCUACUCAAAGCACCAAAUGCAAAUGUUGUUCACUUAUUGGCCACUAGGUGGAGGUGUAAAUGUCCAUUCAGACUUUAACUCAGGGAGAGGAAUUAUUCUUCAGGGAUUUAUAGUUUAAUCAUUUAAUAGCCUGAUCUGUGUGAACUUUUUUUAAAAAUCAAACUGAAAGUGAGUGAGUGAAGAUCCAGAUCCUUUUCUGUUGCCUGUAAAGGACACAUUAUGUGGACACAAAAAUUAAGAUUUAUAUAAAAUUACAUGUGCAAAUUUAGCAAGUUUAUUACACAAGUAACAAAGGAGUUUUUAUUCCUAUUGUACUUGAUGCAGGGUACUCUGAAUCUUUGGCCAGGGUGGUUGACAACAUGAUGCAUGUCGACUGCAACUGUUCUGUUUUGCGGUAUCAGCUCUUGAGCUACAAAAAACAUCCUGCAAAUGAAGAAGAAAUUGCUUCAAGAUGCAGAGACAACAGAAGUGAGCUGCAAAUGUCACCAGCUAAUCUGUGUUUGUGGGAGAUUUUACACCGCAGAGAGAGUUGCGUUUAUUUCUUACAGUACGGUAUGAAUCAUUUUCUUGGGUGACUGAACGUUGACAGUAAGUAAUCAUGAUUCACAAACAACAAAUCAACUGUCAACAGCCAUUUCCACAGACACAAACAGUUCUGGAGAAACCUUUUAAAUAAGAAAAAUCAAAAGAAACAAAGCACACUGACUGAGCAGAGAUCAACAUGAUGAGGAAAUGUGUCUGUGCCACAAACUGCAUGAAAUAUGAAGUGAAGAGCUGGAGAAUGUUCAGUCGUCACAGAAAGAAACCACCUCUGUCAGCUCAGAGAAAGUUAGAAAUUUAUCUGAUCUGAUCAUCGCUCUGUUUUUUAUGUGUAUGUAGCAGUUUAUUAAAUAAUGCAGAAGUCUGUCAGGCUCUGCGAUCACCACUUUGGUUAUCGGAUCACACAUUUUCAGAGUGUGUGUGUGUUACUGGGCAGACUCAUAAAUUUAAAUAUGUCACUUUUACACUGAUAAUUAUGGGGUUCAAAAUUGUGUCCGUGUGUCACUUAACAUGUGACAAAACAUUUGUUGUGUCAAUAUGACUUUUAAACUGUUGUUCAGUCACCUUGAAUUGAAUUGAAUUGA